GGUAGUGUAAUGGUAACAAUCCUAUAGUAAUAGAGGUGUAGCCUCAAGCACACUUCCUGGAUGCUGAGUAACCGCUUUGUCGUCGGAAUCCUGUAGCCUGCAUUACAAGCUCCCUAUAUCAGGACAUUUGAAAGUUUUUGCUUCUCAUUGGCUGGUCGUGCGAGUCAACAAAUAACAAAGAAAAUCCACCCGACAUGCGGGUGCGGUGAUUAUUCUACAGAGAGUCCGUUAUAACGCCUUACACAUCUCCAGUUACACCUCCAGUAGCUUCUUCUGGAGAAGAAGAACCUUUUUUUUCUCGUUAAGAGUGACUAUUUAACGUUUGGAGAUGAACGGAGACUGCGUGGACGCGCGACCCAAGGAAACAACAGAUGCUGGUAAGGAUGGAGCAUCAGGAUCACAGCCCAUGCAGGUUGAUGCUAAGUCUCAGGCACAUACCUUCAGAUACAGCCUGAACUACCCCAGCAUUGGCCACUGCAUUAUCAUCAACAACAAGAACUUUGAUCGCAGGACAGGCAUGAACCAACGCAAUGGCACUGAUGUAGAUGCAGGAAACGUAAUGAAUGUGUUUCGGAAGCUCGGAUACAAUGUGAAAGUCUACAAUGAUCAGACAGUUGCACAGAUUAAGCAGGUUUUAACAGCAGCGGCCCGUGACGACCACAGCCACUCUGCUUCAUUAGUGUGUGUGAUGCUCAGUCAUGGAGAUGAGGGAGUGUUUUACGGUACUGAUACUUCUGUGGAGCUCAAGUCCUUAACAAGCCUGUUCAGAGGAGACCGCUGCCCAUCACUAGUGGGAAAACCUAAACUUUUCUUCAUUCAGGCUUGUAGAGGUACAGAAUUGGAUCCUGGUGUGGAGACUGACAGCUCCGAUAAUUCUAUGAGGAUUCCUGUGGAAGCAGACUUCCUGUAUGCAUACUCUACUGCACCAGGUUAUUACUCCUGGAGAAACACCAUGACUGGCUCUUGGUUCAUUCAGUCCCUUUGUGAAAUGAUGUCAAAGUAUGGCAAAGAGCUAGAGCUCAUGCAGAUCAUGACCAGGGUCAACCAUAAAGUGGCACUCGACUUUGAGUCGACCUCCAACCAGCCCGGCUUUGACGCCAAGAAACAAAUCCCCUGCAUUGUCUCAAUGCUCACCAAAGAGAUGUACUUCACUGUUUAAAGGGACAAGGGAACUAUUAGAGCUGCACCAGCUUUUCUGUAAAUAUCACAGAUGUGUGAUAUGGAUUUAGGGUUAAGUUUAAGACUUUUUUCACAGAAGCAUUAGCUGGAUAUGCUCAGUUAGGGAUUCCUCUGUCUCAGGACUGUUUUUGUAGUUUUCAUUGGCAUUUAAAAUACUGUAUGUGAAAGCAGGCACUCAGGUUUUUGUUCACCUUGCAACUUUAUAGAAUUUUUCCUCUGGUUUUCUAAUUAAAAUCUAGUAAUGAACAAUCACCAGAGGCAGGUCAGAUUGGGAUUUUUAGAAUUACAGUAAUCAGGGACUUUAAUAGGCUAUUGCACUAGUUUGACUGUUGAAAUGGGAAUAAAAGUUGGGCAUUAGAGCAUCUUAAAUGAAAGAACCAUUGUGCUAAUUUUAGGUAAAAAGCAAAGAACAACAAUCCCAAGUGCCUGUAACUGAUGUUAAUAGACUUUGUUUCUAUUAGGAUGCAAUAAAGCAUUUUUACAGACAUGCUUGGGGUUAAGUGAAAGUGCACAAAAGUAUCUACAUGCUUUGAUAGCUUUGGAUCUAAGUUGAAGUCAAUCACUGAAAGUCACAACACUUUUUGUGAUAAUGGACUGCAUUACUACCAUGGUGCUUACUUUAAAUGUAAUCUGGAAUGCUCUUGAAUUAGUCACUUUAAGAUGAUUAUGAACAGCAUGAUAGAAUCAGUCACCCAACAAAAUUCACAUAGAAUUCUUUUAGUUGAGGUGAUGCAUGAAUCAUGUACGCAUGUGAAAAAAAAAAACCUUACUGUUAAUGUUUAUUGUACAAUCAUGUGUAUUAUAAAUAUAUGCUUUGUGCAUAAACUAGUCCUUUGUAUGUAAUUAAACAGUUCUGCGGUGCCCUG